AUGGACAACGAGGACUCAGCGACGUCGACGGGAACGGCCAUCUCCGCGGCUAUUGACGAGAAGCAUGAGUUGCAUACGGAAAAGGAGGCCAGGCCUCCCACGGCUGGUCUCAGUGAUCAAGAGAAGGACAUUAUCGACAGGCAAUUGACAGCGCCUAACCUUACAGUUGGGUACUUCUCACUGUUUCGAUAUGCUACAGCAAAAGACAAGCUCAUCAUGGUCGUGGCGCUGAUCGCCAGUAUUGCGGCUGGAGCUGUUAUGCCCCUCAUGACUCUUGUAUACGGCAACUUUGCUGGAAGCUUUACCAGCUUCUCAGUCAGCGCAGUCGCUGCUGCCAAGUUCCAGGAUCAGAUCAACCAGUAUACCUUGUACUUUGUAUACCUUGGAGUUGGAUCGUUUGUCACUUCGUAUAUUAGUAUUCUGGGAUUCUCAUACACUGGAGAGCGCAUUACACGGAGCAUCCGGGAGCUGUACCUACGUGCCAUUUUCAGACAGAAUAUCGCCUUCUUCGACUUCCUCGGAUCCGGUGAAAUUACCACUCGCAUCAGCUCCGACAUGAACUUGGUGCAAGAUGGUAUUGGUCAGAAGAUUGGUCUCUUCGUGACCGGUGUCUCCAUGUUCGUAACUGCCAUCAUUAUCGGUUUUAUACGAUCGUGGAAGCUUUCCCUGAUCAUGCUGGCGGCGACAUUGGCACUCAUUAUGAUGAUGGGUAUCAACGGUACCUUGAUGAAGAAAGCUCAGACACUAUCUAUCGACGAGUACGCCACAGCUGCUUCCCUUGCUGAGGAAGUUUUAUCUUCAGCUCGCAACGUUGCUGCAUUCGGCACCCAGAAGCGACUCGAGGCGAAAUACAAAGCUUUUGUGGACCGCGCAACGACAUUUGACUUCAAGGCAAAGUUUUGGCUAUCCAUGAUGAUUGCCGGCAUGAUGGGUGUGCUGAACCUUCAGUACGGUCUUGCAUUCUGGCAAGGAAAAAGAUUUCUUGACAAUGGGGAACUUGGCGUUUCCAACAUUCUCACAGUAGUCAUGGCACUCAUGAUCGCUGGUUUUUCCAUUGGACAGAACCUACCGCACAUUCAGGCUUUCGGCGGGGCCACUGCAGCUGCUACGAAAGUUUUUAACACGAUCGAACGAAACUCUCCUAUCGACCCGGAAACAGAUGAAGGUAUUGUACCAGACGACUUUGUUGGCAACAUUGAGUUCAGGAACUUGAAACAUGUAUACCCAUCUCGACCAGACACUACAGUGCUAUCAGACUUCAACUUGGAUGUUCCAUCGGGCAAGAUGAUCGCGCUUGUCGGUGCAUCUGGAUCUGGAAAGUCGACGAUCGUUGGACUGCUGGAGCGCUUCUACCUCCCGAUGGAGGGCCAAAUUUUCCUAGACGGCAGAGAUAUUGCAACAUUGAACCUGCGCUGGUUGAGGCAACAUAUGGCUAUCGUGAGCCAAGAACCCGUUUUGUUCAGUACGACAAUAUACGAGAGCAUUUUGCAUGGUUUGGUCAAUACGGAGUACGCAGACGUAUCGGAUGACAAGAAGAUGGAGCUCAUCGAGAAGGCUGCCAAGAUUGCUAAUGCUCACGACUUCAUUAUGGAUCUCCCGGAAAAGUAUCAGACCAAGGUGGGAGAGCGAGGAGGCUUGUUGUCAGGUGGACAAAAGCAACGUGUUGCAAUCGCUCGUGCUAUCGUAUCGGAUCCCAAGAUCCUUCUACUAGAUGAAGCUACUGCAGCCCUCGAUACCCGAUCCGAAAGCGCAGUCCAGGAGGCUCUUGACCGCGCAUCGCAAGGACGUACUACAAUCGUUAUCGCCCACCGACUCUCCACUAUCAAGAAAGCUGACAACAUCGUGGUCAUGGCGUUGGGCCGAAUUGUCGAGCAGGGUACCCACCAGGAACUUAUCGAUCGCAAAGCUGUAUACGCAAGUUUAGUACAAGCUCAAGAACUCACCUCUAAGAUCAGCCCUGCCAACAGGAUGACACUUCUAGACGACCCUGAUCGUAAAACGGAAGGCAUUGCCGACGAAGAGAAGCUUGCUUUGAUGCGAACUACCACAUCCGCCCCUUCAGAGUUCUUUGCAAAGAAGAACGAGAAAGACAAAGAAUACGGUACUUGGGAGUUGAUCAAAUUUGCAUGGGAAAUGAACAGGGGCGAGCACAGUACCAUGACUUUGGGACUAGUGUUCAGUUUUCUCGCUGGCUGCAACCCUGCAAUCCAAGCCAUCUUCCUGGGUAACUCCAUCAACUCGCUCCUAUCUCCUGGAACAUCUCUCGGUGGACUAAAGAUAAGCUUCUGGUGUGGUAUGUUCCUCAUGCUUGGAAUUGUCAUUGGAUUCUUCUACUACGUCCAGGGCAUGACGCUAUCGAAAGGAUCCGCCAGGCUCGUUGGCAGCGUACGAACGCGUGCUUUUGGGGCUAUGCUUCGUCAAGACAUGGAGUUUUUUGACGGAGACACCGUAACUUCUGGCGCGCUCAGCAACUUCCUUUCGUCGGAGGCGAAUCGUCUUGCUGGUCUCAGUGGCUCUACUCUCGGAACGAUUGUCAGCGCUGCCUCUUCCAUCCUUGUCGCCUUCAUCGUUGGAUGCUCUUUCGGUUGGAAGCUGGCGCUUGUGUGCUCAGCAACCAUCCCACUUGUUAUUGGUUGCGGUUACUUCCGCUUCUACGCCCUUACUCGCAUGGAGAAACGAACCAAAGAGACGUCUGAUGCCGCCAGUUUUGCCUGUGAGGCAGCCUCAUCUAUCCGUACCGUGGCUUCGCUUUCGCUAGAGAAGCAUCUUUUGUCCACCUACCAUGUGAAACUUGUGGACCAGGGCAAGGGCUACUUCAAGUUCACAAACGUGUCAGCGGUGCUCUUUGCGACAUCUCAGGGCCUCAGCAUGUUCAUUUUCGCUCUUGUCUUCUGGUACGGAGGACGUCUAUUGUUCAACCAGGAGUAUACUGUCUUGCAGUUCUUUGUGGUCUACUCUUCCAUCAUCAACGGUGCUCAGUCGGCUGGUGCAAUCUUCUCUUUUGCUCCCGAUAUGGGCGAAGCGAGGGACGCGGCCAAGCUUCUCAAGUCUUUCCUGAACCGCAUUCCCAAGAUCGAUCACUGGUCGCCUGAGGGUAUCAAGAUUGACAGGUUAAGUGGCAAAGUCGAGCUACAAGAUGUGCGUUUCACGUACCCCGGAAGACCCGAUCACCGUGUCUUGCGCGGUGUCAGUCUUUCUGCCGAACCUGGUCAAUUCAUCGCCCUUGUUGGCGCCUCCGGCAGUGGCAAGUCAACGGUUAUGCAACUGCUCGAAAGAUUCUACGACCCAACAAGUGGUGGCGUGCUCGUCGACGACGUGGACUUGAAAGACUACAACCUCCAAGACUACCGAUCGCAACUAGCAAUCGUCAGUCAAGAAACAACUCUCUAUACCGGCACAAUCCGCGAAAACAUCCUCGCCGACAAGGAAGACUUGGGUGAUGAGGCGGUGAUACAAGCGUGCAAAGAUGCCAACAUCUACGACUUUAUAACAUCAUUACCUGAUGGUUUCAACACGCUAGUGGGUGCAAAGGGUGCUCUCCUAUCUGGUGGCCAGCGUCAACGCAUAGCAAUUGCACGUGCCCUCCUCCGCGACCCCAAGGUCUUACUUCUCGACGAAGCCACAUCAGCCCUCGACUCCACAUCCGAACGCGUUGUACAAGACGCCCUUGACUCCGCAGCACAAGGACGCACCACGAUUGCCAUCGCGCAUCGUCUGAGUACCAUUCAACACGCUGACGUGAUCUACGUCUUUGACCAAGGCAAGAUCGUGGAGAAGGGCAGACAUGAAGAUUUGGUGAGCAAGAAGGGGGUUUACUUUGAGCUGGCGAAGUUGCAGGCUAUCGGAGCUCCGCAAUAA